GGCGCAGUCACGCAACCGGCGCCGCUUUAUCGAAGUUCUGAAAACACAUUUCAUAAAACAAAAAGCAGUCGUACACAAUGCCUGAGCCGGGAGGGAGUCUCAAAAAGUGACCAGCGUUAAACAGACAAAACACCAUGAGAGCCACAAGGAAAAGAACGGUCCAGAAAUAUUUUUACGAUUCCCUGAGCGGGCAAAGAAAAUGGCAGAAAAGGGAGGUGUUCGAACUGAUGAGGAUUUACGAAAGUCACGCAUACUUAUUUGGUGUCAUGUCCUCCGACGAAGACGUUUGGAUUUUGAUCGCCUCCGCUUUACGAGAAAACGGAAUCCAGGUGACAGCGCGACAGGUGAGCACAAAGUGGGCACGCAUGAGAGAGACGUUUAAGAAGAUCGGCGAGGCAGACCACUCGAGCGCCGGGGCAACAAAAGAGCUCCACAAGCCUUCGAAGAUGGUUUCUUUUGACGAGAAGGACGUCGUCGAGCAAUUCCUGCUGGCCAAAGCCGACGACGACGACCCACGGGGUCGCUCGUUCUUAUCGCAAUCGCGCACUCGCUCAAAGCCCAGCUACUUGGCCGGCGGCGGCGUGGGCAGACAGCUCGACGACUACGAGACACUCAAAGCCAUGUACAAACUUAGCCUGCUGAGGAAUUGAUCGCCAGAGCUCGCGGGAUUUUAAAAAGAUAUUGGGACGACGCAUUGAAAAGCAUGAAUGACUUUUUUUAUCCAAUUGAGUUUCUGAUAACAAAUUAAUUUAUGUUCAAACUUGUUUAGCAAGAAUAUACAUGUGUACACAAAUCCUGAAAAGUGCGGCAUAGUGAAAAACUAUAUUUUUGUGAUGUAUUUCAACACAAACAUUAUUCAGUUUUAAUGUAUUUUGCCAUAAACUUGUUGCGUUCCACUUUUCGUACAUUACAUGUGACAUUGUCAUGUUAAACACAGAGAAAAUAAAGCGCAUCUCAUUAGAAGAGCUCUCUGCCGAGUCUCGUGCAUCUAAUGAGGCUUCAUGCAAA